AUGACAACACUCUCAAAAUCAAAAAAUUUGUCCGAAACUCUAAAAAUUGACAUGAUCCCAAAUCCCAAUUCCGUAACAAAGUUCAUUUCCUUGAUCAUUACCUCCCAAAGAUUUCUCCUUUUGCAAAAAAACCCAGUUAAAAAGUCUCCACUUUUCUUCAUUACCACUAAGCACGCCACCUGUUCGACGAUAUGCCAAGCCGAACUAGAAAACGGCAUUAAUGGUGGCACAGAGCAACCAAAAAACUCUAUUGAUGUUCUCAAGAAAUGGGGUUGUAACGAAAAUGAUUUACAAAAGAUUUUAUCACGCCGACCUUCGUUACGCAAUGCUGAUCUUACUCACCUUCAGUCUAAGCUUUUUUUACUUAAGAGCUUAGGUAUUAAGUCUGAUGAUCUUGUUAAGAUCAUUAAUUGUCGCCCAAGGUUCCUUAGUUGUCGCAUUAAUAACUGUUUUGAUGAGCGUUUGGAGUAUUUUAUGACAUUGUUUGGUUCCAAGGAAGUUCUAGUGAAGGCUAUUGUCAGGAAUCCUUCACUUCUGACAUAUGAUUUUCACAAUAGUAUUAAGCCUGCUAUUGCAUUGUAUGAAAGAAUGGGUGUUUGUAAGAAAGAUUUGAUUCCUAUGCUUUUGUCGAGGCCCACUUUGAUUCCGAGAACUUCGUUUGAUGAUCAGAAGACGGAGUAUAUUCGUAAAACGGGGGUUUCGAAGGAGUCUAAGAUGUAUAAAUAUGUGGUUACUCUCAUUGGCAUUUCGAAGAAUGAGACUAUUCGUGAAAAGGUGGCGAAUUUUGAGAAGUUUGGAUUUUCUGAUGAAGAAGUUUGGGGUUUUUUUGGGCGGUCUCCGCUUUUUCUGACACUAUCAGUUGAUAAAGUUCAGAGGAAUAUGACCUUCAUUGUCGGCACGAUGAAGCUGCCUGCAAAUGUUGUCCUUCAGUGCCCGUAUUUGUUGUAUAAUAAUUUGGAGGUCGUGUUGAAACCACGGAUGCUUACCAUAUGGAAGAUACAGGACAUGAAUCUGUGUCCUCAAAUUAAAGCACCUAUGAUAGUGAGGGCAAUGAGAAUGACAGAAAAGCGAUUUUUUAAGGUAUUUGUUUUGUGUCACCCAAAAGAUGUUGCUCAAGAGUUGAUGAACUUCUAUAAAGAGGCAAAAGGUUGUAAGAGAUUGGCUGAAUCCUCCAAGAAAAUUGUCAACAAAGGGUUUCCUUUCUGA